AUGCUGUGGACGGUGGUUGGCAUACUGUGCGUGGCAGCGGCCGUGGCAACGACGGUCCCUCAGGAUGGCCAGCAGCCUUCCAAACCAAGAAUCUCCAGAUCAAGCAUAUGGAAACGAACUUCGAACAGGAGAGUUAACUGGGGUUGGAGGAGUUUCAGUGUCCAAAGAGAAAGAAGCCAGGGCUCUGGAAGUGAAGCAAAUCUCAGUUCAGACCUGGGAGAAGGAAAUUUUGCAUCUGGUGGAGGCGUUUUGCAUUCCAGGUUUGAUCAUGAUGUAAUAAUAAACUCUGGAACUGGUGAUGGGGAUACAGUAGCUUCUGGAUUUGAAACUGGAGAAGAAAGCUUAAGGGAUGUUCCUGAAAUAACAAUAAGUUCUGGACAUGGUCCUAGAGAAACAGAAGGUUCUGGAGAUAUUGCUGGAAUAAAAGAAAGUUCUGGAUUUGGCCCCGCAGUGGUAUUAAGCUCGGGAUUUGGUUCUGGAGUGGAAGCGAAUUUUGGAUCUGGAUCAGAGAGUGGAAGUUCCAGCAGAAUAAAUAGUUUUGGAAAUGCCAAUGGCGAAGGCUUUUUAUCUGCUGGUGAAAUAGCAGAAAGUUCCGGAUUUGCCUCAACAAAAGGAAGAACUACUGACUCUGUUGCUGCAGGAAGUGGCUUUGGAUCUGGUAAAGACGGUGGGUCAGGAAAUAGCUUUGGAACAGGUGGAACCGGUGAGUCAGUGACUGGCUUUGUCUCUAGCGGCGCCAGUGGGUCACGCAUUGGCUUUGAAUCUGGUGGAGCUGGUGGGUUAAGCAAUAGUGGCGCUGGUGAGUCAGGGACCAGUUUUGGAUUUGGUGGAGCCAUUGGAGUGGGGACUGGCUUUGAAUCUAGUGGAGUUAGUGUGUCAGGGACUGGCCUUGGAUCAGGUGGAACCGGUGGGUCAGAGAUUGCCCUUGGAUCUGGUGGAGCCGGUGGAUCAGGGACUACCUUUGCAUCCAUAGGAACUGGUGAGUCAGGGACUGGGUUUGGAUUUGUAGGAACUGGUGCUUCAGGGACUGACUUUGGAUCUGUAGGAACUGGUGGGACAGGGACUGGGUUUGUAUCUGUAGGAACUGGUGGAUCAGAGACUGGAUUUGGAUCUGGUGGAGCCGGUGGAUCAGGGACUACCUUUGCAUCCAUAGGAACUGGUGAGUCAGGGACUGGGUUUGGAUUUGUAGGAACUGGUGCUUCAGGGACUGGCUUUGGAUCUGUAGGAACUGGUGGGACAGGGACUGGAUUUGUAUCUGUAGGAACUGGUGGAUCAGAGACUGGAUUUGGAUCUGGUGGAGCCGGUACGUCAGGGACUGGCUUUGGAUUUGUAGUAACUGGUGGGUCAGGGACUGGGAGUGGGUCUGUAUCUAGUGGAGCCGGCACGUCAGGGACUGGCUUUGGAUCUGGUGCCACCGGUGGGUCAGGGACUGCCUUUGUCUCUAGCAGUGCCAGUGGCUCAGGGACUGACUUUGGACCUAAUGAAAUUGGUGGGUCAGGGACUGGGUUUGAAUCUGGUGGAGCCGGUGGGUUUGGGACUGGUUUUACUUUCAGUACCGGUGGACCAGAAGUUAGUCUUGGGGUUGUUAGCACCGAAGGAUUGGGAGGUGGUCUAGCUACAGGUGGCGCCAAUGGACUGAGAAAUAUCAUAUCUGUUGGCAACACUGGUGAACAAGGGGGUGGUUUGAGUACAGGCACCAUUGAUAGACAGGGAUUCAGUUUCGGCACAAGCAUUGGUUCGGGAGGUGGCUUGGCCACCGGUGAUCUGGGACUCAGCUUGGGCAGCACUGGUGGAUUGGGAGGCGGCUUGGGCACAGGGGGCACCGGUGGACUGGGACUCAGCUUGGGCAGCACUGGUGGAUUGGGAGGCGGCUUGGGCACAGGGGGCACCGGGGGCACCGGUGGACUGGGACUCAGCUUAGGUAACACUGGUGGAUUGGGAGGCGCCUUGGCCACAGGGGCCACCGGUGGGCUGGGACUCAGCUUAGGUAACACUGGUGGAUUGGGAGGCGGCUUGGGCACAGGGGCCACAGGGGGCACCGGUGGACUGGGACUCAGCUUAGGUAACACUGGUGGAUUGGGAGGCGGCUUGGGCACAGGGGCCACAGGGGGCACCGGUGGACUGGGACUCAGCUUAGGUAACACUGGUGGAUUGGGAGGCGGCUUGGGCACAGGGGGCACCGGUGGACUGGGACUCAGCUCGGGCAGUAUUGGUGGCUUUGGAGGUGGCAUUGCCACAGGUGGGCCCGGAGGACUGGGAUUCAGCUUCGGCAGUACUGGUGGACUGGGAGGUGGCUUGUUUACAGGAGGACCAGUGGACUUUGUCAGCUUAGGUGGCACUGGUGGAUUGGGAGGUGGAUUGGUUACAAGUGGACCAGUGAACGUUUUCAGCUUAGGUGGCACUGGUGGAUUGGGAAGUGGCUUGUCCACAGGGGGUACAGGUGGACUGGGAUUCAGCUUGGGCAGUACUGGUGGACUGGGAGGUGGUUCGGUUACAGGAGGCACUGGUGGACUUGGAGGUAACUUAGCUGUAGGCACCGGUGGACUGGGAGGUGGAUUGGCCACAGGAGGCUUGGCUACAAGCGGCUUGACCACAGGUGGCACCGGUGGACUGGGAUUCAGCAUAGGCAACGCUGGUGGCUUUGGAGGUGGCUUGGGCACAGGUAGCCCCAGUGGACUGGGAUUCAGCAUAGGCAACACUGGUGGACUGGGAGGUGGCUUGGGCAUAGGUAGCCCCAGUGGACUGGGAUUCAGCAUAGGCAACGCUGGUGGACUGGGAGGUGGCUUGGGCACAGGUGGCACCGGUGGAUUGGGAUUCAGCAUAGGCAACACUGGUGGACUGGGAGGUGGCUUGGGCACAGGUAGCCCCAGUGGACUGGGAUUCAGCAUAGGCAACACUGGUGGACUGGGAGGUGGCUUGGGCACAGGUGGCACCGGUGGACUGGGACUCAGUUUAGGCAGCACUGGUGGACUGGGAGGUGGUUUGGGCACAGGUGGCACCGGUGGACUGGGACUCAGUUUAGGCAGCACUGGUGGCACCGGUGGUCUGGGACUCAGCUUGGGUGGCCCCUUUGGACUGGGAUUUAAUUUAGGUGGAUUAGGAGGAAGCCUGUUCUUUGGCAGAUCCGGUAAAUUAGAAGGUGGUUUCGACACAGACAGUGCCAGUGGACUGGAGGGUAACUUGGACACAGGCAGUACUGGAACAAUUCGAGAUGGUUUAGACACAGGUAGUACCAGAGGACAGGGAGGUGUGUUUACCUCCGUCACUGCCGAUGGCUUGGACACUGGCAGUGCCAUUGGAGUAGGUAGUGGAUUUAUCACAGGUGGUGCUGGUGAACUGGGUGGUGAGUUUGUCACAGGCGGAGCCGGUGGAUUCCACGGAAGUUUUGACUCGGGAAGUACCGGUGAACAGGGAGGUGGCUUUGAUAAAGGCAGUGACGGUGGACUGAGAGGUGGGUUUAUCACUGGUAAUGCUGGUGGACUGAGAGAUGGCUUGAGCACAGACACGGCCAAUGUAUUUGGUGAUACCUCGGCCACAGGUGGUGGUGGUAGACUUAAUGAGGGCUUCCCAAGUGGGGGUGACGGUGAUUUUGGUGGUUUUAUCAGUAGUAGUGGCGGUGGAUUUAGUGAUGGCUUGAUCAGUAGCAUUGGCGGUGGAUUCGGUGAUGGUUUGGACAGCAGUGGCGGUGGACUCGGUGAUGGCCUGGCCAGCAGCGGUGGCGGUGGAUUCGGUGAUGGCUUUAUCAGUAGCAGUGGCGGUGGAUUUGGUGAUGGCUUGAUCAGUAGCAUUGGCGGUGGAUUCGGUGAUGGUUUGGCCAGCAGCGGUGGCGGUGGAUUCGGUGAUGGCUUUAUCAGUAGCAGUGGCGGUGGAUUUGGUGAUGGGUUGGCCAGCAGCGGUAACAGUGGAUUUGGUGACGAUUCGGGCACUGGCGGUGGAUAUGGGGAUAGUUUUGACAGUGGAGGCGCCCAUGGAUUUGGUAGUGGGUUGAUCAGUGAGGGAGGCCGUGGCUCUAGUAAUAGCUUGAUCGAUGGGGGUCCUAAUGAAUCAGGAGGGUUAGUCACAGGCAGUGCUGCUAAAUCAAAAACUGACGUCAACGAGAAUGUAUUUGGAGAAGGAUUCAGUGUUACAAGAUUACCUGUUGAAAUAGUGGAUGGAAUUAGUAUAAGUCGUAAUCGUGGUCAUCGACAAGGUCGUCAUCGUGUUACUGAUGGUGGACGGAGAUCUUAUGGUGGUGACGGAAGGCAUUCCAUAUAUAAAUCCGUGAGUGGCCGGAAUCGUGGUGUUGAAAGAGGCCAUGGUAACAGGAGACCUGCUAUAUUCAAUUCAGCAAGAGGUAGAGGCCGUGAUGGACGAGAUGGAGAUAGGAGAUUUACUAUUUUCAAUGUAGAAAAUAGUGAAGGUCGUGGUGGUAGAGGUGGUGGAGGCAGAAGGCUUACCGUUUCCAGCGCAGAAUAUAACAGAGGUCAUAGCGGUAGUGAAGGUGAUGGAAAUAGAAAGGUUACCAUUAUCAAAGCUGAAAGGGGCCGAAGCCGCGCUCAUGAAGGUGAUGGAAAUAGAAAGGUUACCAUUAACAAAGCUGGAAGAGGCCGAAGCCGCGCUCAUGAAGAUGCCACUACGGUGACCGGCACUCGCUCUUCAUUCAACCUGCCCUCACGAAGCUAUAGUGGGGCUCGUACGCAGGGGUAUAGUAAGGCUGCAGGUUCCAGCAAUGAGCCGGGUGACGAGAAUUCCUCAGGUCCUGUGUCAUUAAAAGUCCUGCAACAAGUGACGGGAACCUCAGCAGGCGAUUUGGAAGUGUACCCUGUCACUGCUGAGGUGCAGUUUAACCUGACCUCCGAAGGUAGUGCGAGGUGAAACAGCACUACCACUCCUAGUUUAGUACUUCUUUCUUCUUCAUUUAUAUGCAUUUUUUAUAUCACAAUAUUAGUACAUAAUUAUGUUUUCUGUGUUAUGUGUCUAGGCCAAUGGGCCACAUCUAUUCUGUCCCGCCAGUGGUAUUGGCGGUUCUGAAAUGUUUUUUGUAUUUAAUUAUUUUGAUAAAAAAUAUAACUGAUGAA